GGAAGUUUUUGCCUUUGAAGACAAUGUUAGGACCAAGAUACGAUGAACAGGUUGCUGAAGAAAAUCGUUUUCACCCGAGUAUGUUAUCCAACUACUUGAAGAGUCUGAAGGUUAAAAUGGGUUUACUGGUAGACUUGACCAACACCACUAGAUUCUAUGAUAGGAAUGAUAUAGAGAAAGAAGGGAUUAAAUAUAUAAAGCUCCAGUGUAAAGGGCAUGGUGAGUGCCCUACACCUGAGAAUACAGAAACAUUUAUCCGUGUAUGUGAACACUUCAGUGAUAAGAAUCCCUCGGAGCUUAUAGGUGUCCAUUGCACACAUGGUUUCAAUAGAACUGGAUUUCUGAUCUGUGCCUUUUUGGUUGAGAAGUUGGACUGGAGUAUUGAGGCUGCUGUGGCUACUUUUGCUCAGGCUAGACCACCGGGUAUUUAUAAAGGUGACUAUUUGAAGGAAUUAUUUCGUCGUUAUGGAGAUGAAGAUGAUGCACCAUCACCACCUGAGUUACCAGAGUGGUGCUUUGAUGAAGAUGAAGAGGAGGAGGAUGAUAAUGGUAAAACAGGAGGCCAAGAAUCAGAACCUGGAUCAUCAAGCUCUUCCUUUGGCAAGAGGAGAAAAGAACGUCUA